AUGGAUAGGCCUGUGUGGUUGCCUUGUCACUCAUUCUGAGUCCUCUGUUCCCCAGAAGCAAUCACCAAUCCAAUUGGUUGCACUUGUUCAGCACAGAAUACACCACCUUACCAAUACAAAGCUAUAGCAACGUACACUGAUGGGAAUACGCUACUCCACGUACAUCGACUCUGAGAAGACACAGGCCACCACCUUUGGCUGUAGUGGCUGUAGAACACACCUGUCCACCUCUGGUUUGAUCCUCUCCAAGGACUACAGGGGUCACACGGGCGACGCCUACUUGAUGGACCAGGUUGUUAACGUGACCCUUGGUAGAAGGGAGUUCCGUACGAUGAUCACGGGAAGAUACCUUGUGAGCGACAUCAUGUGCCACCAGUGUGGGCACCGGGUUGGGUGGAAGUACCACCAGACCGACGAGAAGAACCAGAAGUUCAAAGAGGGCCGUUAUAUCCUGGAGGUGAACACCAUCGUGAAGUGCAAAUGAUAGUGCCAAGGCACCAUCAUGAGGUUCUGCCCUUCCUCCUCAUACGUUUCAGUUAUGUGGGGAAGGGGAUGCUUUGAAGACGAUUGGGUAUCUUUGCUCUGGAUUAGAAGGUGCUGGGACACCUUUACACGGUUUUUUUUCUAUUAUAUAUGUUUACAUUGUGAUGGUAUGCUCACAUGUUCAGG